GUGAUAACACAAGAUGCUCUACUCACUGUGGCUCACUGCACUUAUUGCACCCAUUGCUACUAUCGCAGCUCCAACGAACGCCGUGGAAAGCAGACAGACUGGCCUUGUAAAGCCCGCUCCAUGUGUCCGCAACAGUAAGACUACAGUGUCGCAGACCAAGUCGCGGUCUAAAGCCUUUGCUCGUGCCUUCAUCUACGAUCAGGACAUCUCAAAGGCUUUUGAAUACAUUGUCUCGGACUACAUUAACCACAACCCACUUGCCCAAAACGGCUCCGAUUCGGCUUGGGGUAUCCUCUCGCCCAUAUGGGCUGCACAAGACAUGACGCCACUGCGUACAACAUUCAAGAACCCCCAGAGCUGGUUGGAAUACAACAAUACGGCGUUUGGUGUGGUUGUGGAUCGCUUUCGCUGGGAGGGUGGAUGCAUUGUUGAGCAUUGGGAUCAAGGAGAGGUAUUUCCGAGCAAACCGUAGAUUACUAUCUCACAGCCAAUUCUGGCUAGAGGCAGGGAUCGUCAAACCUAGCUUACUCUAGAGGUACCAUGUAGAUCGUGAACAUCUUAUGGCGGAGGAUGAGAUGCGCACAAGCUAGCAUGAAAUCAAAUCAAACUUCCAGGUUUCGAGUCUGCGGCGUUAUUGCGGCUAGCAUAGCCUCUCUGCUGAAACCUCCCUUUUGCUUAGCUUAGCUUGCUCC